CUUGCACUAAACAAUCAAGAACAGAUUGUCUCUGAAAAUUCAAUAAGAUCAGUAAAUUAAUCAACAAUGAAAGGCUCUGGUUCCCCUUGUGGUGCCUGCAAAUUCUUGAGAAGAAAAUGUGUGAGGGGAUGUGUUUUUGCCCCUUAUUUCAGCCAUGAACAAGGUGCAGCUCAUUUUGCAGCAAUCCACAAGGUUUUUGGGGCCAGUAACGUGUCGAAACUGCUUGCUCACCUUCCUAUGAGUGAUCGGUGUGAGGCUGCAGUCACGAUCUCGUAUGAAGCUCAGGCUAGGGUUCAAGAUCCGAUUUAUGGUUGCGUUUCACAUAUUUUUGCCCUCCAACAGCAGGUUGUCGAUCUUCAAGCACAACUAGCUUCCCUCAGGGGACAAGCAGCUCAAUCCAUCCUAAAUAGCUCCAAAAAUGGUAACCCUAAUGAAAAAUUCUACUGCGGAACCAAUUCCUUUUCUCGAGAUGUUAAAAGUUGGUUCCAGUCCUCUCAAAAUCAAGGACUGGUGCCACAAUUAGACGUAAACUCGAGCAGUACUAAUAUCAGAGAGAUGGCAUCCUGUUACGAAAACUGUACCGUGAACGAUCUGAACCGUGUUGGGAAUUAUGAAAAUUCAGCCCUCGUUGAGGAAAAUACCUCAUUUGGUAGCAUGGAUUCACUUGAAAUGCAAUCGAACGAAACAGAAUGGCCCUUUCAAGAUGAUGGAGAUGAUCUUCAGUCAGUAACCUUCAGAUAUGUUCAGCACUCUUGAGGAAUUAGGGCUUCAGAUUAUUCAAUAAAUUUUUGUAUUUGCAUUUCUGCUGCUACUGGUGAGAGCUGGAAACCCUAGAAAUGUUCUUACUAUCAGAAGCCUGUAUUACACCCUAUGAUUGAUUUCUCAGAUUAUGUGUAUUUGGAGAUAAUUAAUCAUAAGUAGAAAAUAUAUAUAUAAUAGACUUUGUAUUAUUAAUA